AUAUUUAUAUAUCUGAUUGAGUUUGGUGAUCAUUCUCAACAACAUGGCUUCACAAAGUGUUACUAUACUAUUGCUGUUUCUGCUCUUCUUGGCUCCAUUCCAAUGCAAAGCCCAAGCUGGUACUACUCUUCCACUGGUUGAAGUGGAAGCCAUUCAAGAAAUAGCUAGACAACUGAACAAGAAAGACUGGAACUUCGGUGACCCUUGUAGUAACCAAACAACUAUAGAUAUCCCACGCACAGAACAGUACAGCAAUGUUAUCAUCUGCAAUUGCUCAAUCUCUGCUAAUACAUGCCAUAUCCAAAGCAUUGCUUUUAUUGGACAAGAUCUUGAUGGUGAGCUUCCAUCAUCACUAUGGAAGCUACCUCACCUCAAGGGAGUUAAUUUGGACAGGAACAUUCUCAGUGGUCCGAUACCAAGAGAGUGGACUUUGACAAAGUUAGAAGUCCUGGGCAUUAGUGCAAACAAUUUAUCAGGACUAAUCCCUGGCUAUUUAGGAAACAUAACCACUCUCACACGUUUGGGCAUGGAGACUAACUUGUUUUCUGGAACUAUUCCCUCUGAGCUUGGGAAAUUGGUGAACUUGGAAUAUUUGAAUCUUAAUGCAAAUAAUCUCACUGGAGAGUUCCCUCUGGCUCUCACUAAUCUCACCAAGUUAACUGAACUUAGGAUCAGUAGUAACAACUUCACAGGAAGGAUGCCACAAUUUGGCAAUUGGAAACAGCUUCAGAAGUUAGAGAUGGAAGCAAGUGGUUUCAAAGGGCCAAUUCCUUCUAGCAUUUCUAAGCUGGACAAAUUAACAGAAUUAAGGAUUACUGACUUAAAUGGGGAGAGCUCAGAUUUUCCGGACUUGAGAAACAUGACAAACAUACUUAAAUUGAUGUUGAGGAGUUGUAACUUAAGAGGAAAUAUUCCUAAUUAUAUUCGUAAUUUGGCAAAGCUAACUCUCUUAGAUCUUAGCUUCAAUAAACUAGAAGGGGAAGUUCCAAAUUUUGAAAAUGUAAUGCAAUUGGGGAAAAUGUAUUUGACAAGUAACUUACUCAGUGGACCUAUUCCAAAGUGGAUCACUAUCAGAGAUACUAACUACCAAAUAGAUAUUUCUUACAAUAACUUUUCUGAGGCAUCCGAACCAACUAGUUGUCGAGAUACUUUCAAUCACUUCCGGAGCUCAUCAGGACAGAAAAACAACUCAAUGCUCAACAAGUGCUUGGAUCCAUGUUCAAAAGAUCAAUAUUCAUUGCAUAUAAACUGUGGUGGAAAUAAAACUACCAUUGGAGGCAUCAACUAUGAAGGGGAUGAGGAAUUGGUAGGUGCUGCGAAAUUUCUCCAAAACUCAGCCACUUGGGGAUUAAGCAACACUGGCGAUUUCUGGGAUACUAAUAAUAAAGCAUCAGACUACAUAACAAACAAUGUAUCUGUAUUAAGAAUGAACAAUUCUGAGCUCUACAAAACCGCACGCAUCUCGCCUCUUUCUCUAACUUACUAUGCUCGUUGCUUAGCCAAUGGAAAUUACACUGUGAAACUUCAUUUUGCAGAGAUAGUAUUUAGAGACAACAGAUCUUAUUACAGUCUUGGAAGACGAAUAUUUAAUGUUUAUGUUCAGGGAAAGUUGGAGUUGAAAGAUUUCAACAUUGAAAAGGAAGCUAAUGGUGUUGAUAAGGAAGUUAUCAAAGUAGUUAAGGCAGUUGUGAGUUAUAAGAUACUAGAGAUUCGCCUCCAAUGGACAGGGAAAGGGACAAGGAAUAUUCCAAAGAGAGGAAUGUAUGGUUCUCUAAUAUCAGCUAUCUCAAUAAAGUCCGAUUUCGACCCUCCAGAACAGAAAAAAGACACAAAGUUCAUCAUCAUUGGAGUGGUUUCAGCCUUUUGCCUUCUUUUCAUAGCUUUAGGCAUUCUUUGGUGGAAAUGCUAUUUUAGGAAAAAGGAAUCAAGGGAUGAAGUUUUGAAGGGAUUAGAUCUACAAACUGGUUUCUUUACCUUUAAGCAAAUUAAAGCUGCCACUAACAACUUUGAUGCUGCAAACAAAAUCGGAGAAGGAGGAUUUGGAUCAGUCUACAAGGGUGUGCUAUUAGAUGGCACUAUUAUUGCAGUUAAGCAACUAUCUUCAAAAUCAAAGCAAGGGAAUCGCGAAUUCAUAAAUGAAAUAGGCAUGAUUUCUGCUUUACAACACCCGAAUCUUGUCAAAUUGCAUGGAUGUUGUAUUGAAGGAAAGCAGCUGCUGUUGGUUUAUGAAUACAUGGAGAAUAAUAGCCUUGCAAAUUCUUUAUUUGGUCCUGAAGAAGGUCAAGAGAAUUUAGAUUGGAACACAAGGCAAAGAAUAUGCAUAGGCAUUGCAAGAGGUCUGGCUUUCCUGCAUGAGGAGUCAACAAUAAAAAUUAUACAUAGAGACAUCAAAGCCACAAAUGUACUACUAGAUAGGGACCUUACUCCAAAAAUAUCUGACUUUGGUCUGGCCAGACUAAAUGAAGACGAGAACACCCACAUUAACACCAGAGUUGCUGGAACUAUAGGAUAUAUGGCCCCAGAGUAUGCAUUGUGGGGUUACUUAACAGAUAAAGCAGAUGUAUACAGUUUUGGAGUUGUGGCAGUGGAAAUUGUGGCUGGCAAAAACAACAUGAGAUUUCGCCCGAAUGAAAACUUUGUGUGCCUUCUAGACUGGGCCACUUUCUUACAACAAAAGGGAAAUCUAAUGGAGCUGGUUGAUCCAAAGUUGGGGUCUAAUUUCAAAAAAAAAGAGGCAAAGAGAAUGAUUGAAGUAGCUCUUUUAUGCACUAACCCCUCGCCAGCGCUUCGUCCUAGUAUGUCUACCGUGGUAAGCAUGCUUGAAGGCCGGACUCCUGUUCUUGCAAUGAGCUUGCAUCCAAGUGAUGAUGGCAACCAGUCAAAAUUCCAGGCCUUGACAAACUACAUGGAUAACUUGAGAGACCCAAAUUCAGAAGAUUAUAACAUUUUUUCUAGUUCAUUAUUUACAACAAGGAAUGACUCUUCCUCCACAUCAGACCACCCAGUUGCAUCAAAUCAAUCUUAAAUCUUAAUUCUCAUUAUAAGCAAGCAAAGUCUCUUGCACACAAUUGCAGAACCUCCAGUGCCUCUCUUCAGCCACCAUUCUCAUAUCAUAUUCUAGUAAAGGAAUGUUCCUCCAGCCAUCCACAGUUUUGUUUGGUAAAAUAUCUAUAGUAAGUUCUUCAAUUGUAAGUAAUAUGUAGAAGUUUUGAUCUCAAUCUGGUGUCUAUUCCAUCAGUGCCUUGGGAAAGAAGGUGCACCUUUACAUGAUAAAGUUGAUUAUACACAAUCA